CGGAUUUCAUAAAGAGCAAAAAUUUUCGAAGUCUCUGGAAAUCGAAGAAACCGAUGUUCUCUAUCCUCUCCAACAGCUAUAUAAAGGCUGUGCUUUGGUCACGUUUUUUUAACGUUCACAUUAUCAUCAUAUUUCUGUAAUAACCAAAAAGAAGAAAAAAAAAGAAAGACUCUGUUUGAGAAUCUGAAAGGAUAUAUUUGCGAUCGGACGUUCUCAUCGGGAUCACACCGUUGUUGUUAGUCGGAUCGGGGCGAUUCUCUGGAAUUGAAAGUGAUUCAAUGUCUGUUUGGUUUCUGAGAAAAUUGGCCGAAAGAGAAGGGAAAGUUGCUUGAAAUCAUGCAAUUCCUUUUCAGGAAGAAGAACAGAAAUGUUUUCGAAACAUUUUGGGAAAAAAAUAAUCUUGAUGUAGGAAAUUAUGGUUUCACGUUUCUUUAUCUUUCUCUUUAGAUUACUUAAUAAUCAAGCAGAGUCAUAGGAUGAAGAGAACUGAUUGGCUUAAUAUGAUCUCAUUGGGGAUCAACCGUAGUGCACUAAUGAUAGAUGAUUGAACGAAUGGCUUUUAUUAGCAUAAGAUCGUGAAUUUGUGAUUGAUUGUAAAUUUUGAUUGAAUUUGCUUAUGCAUGGAAUAUGGUGUGUAAACAAAUAUAGUUGUUUUUGCUGCCUGAUUGAUUUGGGGUCAUGGCUGUGUUGUUUUUGCUGCUGCUGUUUUCUUGUUAUUGUUCGUCUUGUUACUGCUGCUAAUUUCUGUUUGCAGUGCUAGGUAGGAAUUUAAGUUUAGGCGCAGAAAUUUUAUCAUAUGCUGCUUGUUUUGACUGUAUAGGUCAAUUCUGUUUAUUGGAGUGUUUUUUUUUCUGUCCCUUUGUGUGGACGUCAUUUGUGUCUUUGCCAUGCUAAUUUUCAUUAAAGCGUGUAGUUGUUUAUAGUGGUUAUUCAAGUGUUUCCUCAUAUGGUGAAUUAUGUGACCGGCUGUUUAGAGCCUUUGGCAUAAGCAUAGCAUGCUGGUUGCAUUUGACUGUGAAGGGAUUACGAGCUUAGAUAUUACUCGUUGCUAAGUAAUACCAUGGAUUAACUAUCAAAUUAUGGUUUUUUAUUGUUAUUAUUGGUAUAUGGGAGUAUUCAGCCAACUCAUGUGAGAUGCAUCAUUAAGGCAUCCUCAUGGUUCAUGUGAUAAAAGCUCUUGAAACUUCUUCCAAAAAAGAAAAUGAUAUAGUUUUGUGUAGUAUUAUGCCAUAGGUCUGCAAUAGGAUGUAGAAUGGGGAAAAACAAACUUACAUUACUCCUUGUUGUUUCUGUAAUUGACCUGCUAUUUGCUUGGUAGCCAAUUUUUCUAUUGUCUAAAACACAGAUGUAAUUUCUUUUGGGGUUUGAAUAACUUCGGUGUCUUCCUUGAACAAACAAGAAUGAUAAUAACUUUACCAUGACAGUUUAGGGGCCACUUUGGAAAGUUGAUCUUCUGACAUAUUAUGAUAUUUUCCCUGGGCAAGAAAGUGCCAUAAAAGAGAGUUUUGAGAUUGACACAGUUAGGUGUAUGUUGAAUCUAUAAUAAAACUUGUGUUUACUUCAUCACUUGGAAAGUGUGUUUACUUCAUCACUUAAGAUAACCAAGGACACCUUCACUUUGACUUCUCAGUUUUGAAUUUCAGUUGCUCCUGCAGCUUAUAAUUGGAAUUCGUUAGGAAUUUGCAUGCAGAUAUUUGUUUUUAACAUUAGCUGCAGGUGUUGAAGAUGCUAAAGGUCAGUAAACCCCUUAGUAUUAGUUGGUUUGCAAGGCUUUCUUCUGCAGAGAUUCACUAUUUCUACAAGUUGUGGAAUUUGUUAAUCUACUCAAUCGAGGGGCUUAAGUGUGUGGGUUGCUACACUCUUCUUUUAUAUCUCAGCCAAGAGAUACCUCUCCAAAGUUGCCAUUGUCUAUUCAUUUCUUCAUCAUAUUUGAACCUUAACAGGAUCAGCAUGAUUUUGUUAAUGAUAAAACACAUGCUUUUAGGUGUAUGGUCACUUCGCUGUUCAUUCUAGGCAUAUUUGCCUUCUAAACUUUGAUAUUCGAAUUUCUUGAAGUGUGGCAAUAACAUAUAGAUAACGUCGUUGCUGUGUCCUUGUCCUAAAUUAUGGGGUUGGCCUUUUCGUCCCCUGAGCAACGAUUCUUCUCCAGUAUCCGUAGGAGGGUGGAUGUAAACUAACAAGAAACAACAGAGUCUCUUGUAGUGUGGCAAUAACACAUAGACAAGGUCAAUAACCUAUACACAAGGUCAUUGCUGUGUCCUUGUCCAAAAUUAUGGGGUCAGCCUUUUUGUCCACUCAGCUACAAUUCUUCUGCAGUAUCCUUAAGAAGGUUGAUGUUAGCUAACAAGAAAUAAAAGAGAUUCUGCUAAUAGGUGCUGUACUACCAUCGCCCUAUCUUCCUAGAUAUGAAGUAUUUUAAUUAGUGGUGAACUACCAGCUGGUUUACUCAUGAUUGUAAAUCUUUUGGUAGUUUGGAGAUCUCUGUCUAGAACUUGAUUUUGGGACACAAAUAGCUAAGUUGAAAUGAGCUCAAUUUUAUUUGAAGAUACACCUUCUCAAGUCCUAAGCAAGGGAAAGAAUUAAGUGAUGAGUAAGUACAAUUGUCAGAGGAGACUUGUUGCAGAAAUGCUGAUGGAGGUUGGGACGUCUAUUGGUCGUUUCCAGUAUAGUUGGAUUUGGGUCCAGAACUUCAAGCAAUCAAGUGAUCAUGCAAUGCUAUUGCUUUCUAUUCACUGCUGGAGGCUCUGGAGUUCCUCAGUGCUGCAUUAUUGUUUUUUGUGUGGGAUUGUAGUAGUUCUACUUGUUUUGAUGAAUCCUUCUCUUGGAGUAAUGCUGAUUGGAGCUGUUCAACCUUUCUUGGAUUAUUUUGUUGCUGAUUUCGAUUGGUCUGCAGCAGUAUAGAAGAAAGCAACAAUGUCAUGGAGUGUUUGCUUGGCUUGUUCGAGCCACUAGAUAUGUUUAAAAUAUUAGGAUCUUUGCUAAAUGAGUUACUAUCUGCAGGUUUUCUAGACUUAUUACCAGCUGUUAGAUAGAUUCGGUUUGAUCUGGAGAUAUCCUUUUCAAUGGAGGAAGUGGAAAUUAAGCAUUUUGGAUCUGAAGAGCUUGGCUGUCAGCAACAGAAUGAAACCUGCAAAAAUGAAAAAAAGGCAGGGGGGUCACACUCACAGCAGUCUGGUGGACCUUGUAUGCUCAAACAAGAAUCAAAUGAGGCAGAAGCUACUGAAUUGCUGGAGAAGGGGUUUAUGGAGUAUGGUUGUUUACAUUAUCGAAGAAGGUGCCGGAUUAGAGCUCCUUGUUGUGGUGAGAUCUUCGAUUGUCGCCACUGUCAUAAUGAGGCCAAGAACAAUAUCAAUGUUGACCAGAAGCUCAGACAUGAUAUCCCACGGCAUCAAAUAAGUCAGGUCAUAUGUUCACUCUGUGGCACAGAACAAGAGGUCCAACAAGUCUGCAUUAACUGUGGUCUAUGUAUGGGAAAAUAUUUCUGUGAGACCUGCAAAUUUUUUGACGAUGAUACAUCGAAGAGACAGUAUCAUUGUGACGGUUGCGGAAUCUGUAGAAUUGGUGGACGGGAGAACUUCUUCCAUUGCUACAAGUGUGGUUGCUGCUACUCAAUUCUUCUGAAAAACAGUCAUCCCUGCGUGGAAGGAGCAAUGCACCAUGAUUGUCCUGUAUGCUUUGAGUUUUUGUUUGAGUCAAGAUAUGAUGUAACUGUUCUGCCUUGUGGACAUACCAUUCACACAGAUUGCUUUAAGGAGAUGAGGGACCAUUUCCAAUAUGCUUGUCCUCUAUGCUCCAAGUCGGUUUGUGACAUGUCAAAGGUUUGGGAGAGAUUUGACGAAGAGAUUGCAGCUACACCAAUGCCAGAACCGUACCAAAAUAAAAUGGUUUCAAUCCUUUGCAAUGAUUGUGGAACGAAGUCAGAAGUUCAGUUUCAUGUCCUGGCCCAAAAAUGCCUAAACUGCAAGUCAUACAACACCCGGCAAACAAGGGGCUGAAGUGGCAAGAGUAGUUGCUGGAAAUGACUUGCUGAUAUUUUUUCUGCAUUGAUGCAUCACGAUUGGGUUCUCAUCAAGUGCUAAACAUCAUGGCCACAUUCAUGGAGAGAAUUGUUGCCCUUUGGGCAUGCAUUCUAUCGGAGUCAUAAAUUUUGUAUUUUACUUCCCUUGCCACCAUAUUGCUUGUAUGUUCAAUGUCUUAUAGAUAAUUGGCAACAUCAUUGCUGGUUCACAUAGACAAUAUAUUUUUCCUUUUGGUCCUUGUUAGAUUUCCCUUUUGUAGGACAGAUGGCUGUUUCAUCCUUUUAGGUAGCUAGUUUACCAUUUCAUCCAUGGUCCAUGGAAUUGGUGUUGAAAAAUCCAUUCCAGUCAUCUUAAAUUUUGUCUAAAAGGGUUCAAAUUCUCCUGAUGUUGUGUGGGAGGAGCAUUCGUUGUGAAUCGUGAUUGUCUGAUAGUUAUGGAUUACUUUUUGAAUGUCACCUUUAAACCUUAGGCUUUGAGAGCAGAAAAUUUGGGCGCGAGUAUGUCUGAAAAGUUUAGUAUGUUCAUGUUACAUGACAAAUUUGUGACUGCUUGUUAUCUUGCUGGUUGCUGGUAUUGGUUUUCUGGAGCAUGGGAUGUUGCAGGCUGGUGUUGUGUGGCAGUCGGUUUCUUUAAUGUCAAUAUUGUUGUGUUCGGAUUUCAGGUUGUGCCCCAUCAGGAUGAGAACUUAGAAUUUAUUUUUGGUUACAUCAGGACAAUGAACGUAACUUUUCUGUUUCAUCGGCUGUGUUGAUCUUUUCUGAAUUUUGCGCUUUUUUUUUUUUAAUGUGUUCAUCCAUCUUAAGUUUUGUUUCUGCUAAUAAUGUGCUUCGGUUCUGAGGAUUCCAAGAAUUGAAGCAAGAGACUGAUUUGUAUUCUGGCGUUUAUGUUUUUUAAAGGAUACGAGUUACCUGAUA